GACCCAGCCGCUGCCGAGGCCCGGCCAUGGGGGAGGAGGAGGUGGCGCGGCAGGAGCUGGGCAGCCUCCGCGGCAUCCCCCUGUACCAGUGCUUCGUGCAGGGCUGGCCGCAGGUGGAGGCGUUCCGGGCCCGGCCGGAUGACCUGCUGGUCGCCACCUACCCCAAAUCGGGCACCACGUGGCUGAGCGAGAUCCUGGACUUGAUCUACCACGACGGCGAUGUGGAGAAGUGCCGACGGGAUGCCAUCUUCAACCGGGUGCCCUUCCUGGAGAUGAAGGCCCCCAAGAUGCCGAGCGGGGUUGAGCUGCUGGAGAAAACCCCCUCCCCACGGCUGGUGAAGACCCAUCUCCCGGCCCAUCUCCUCCCAGCGUCCUUCCAGGACAAUGGCUGCAAGGUCAUCUACAUGGCCCGCAACCCCAAGGAUGUCGUCAUCUCCUACUACUACUUCUAUCAGAUGGCCAAGAUGCACCCUGAUCCCGGCACUCUGGGCGAGUUCCUGGAGACCUUCCUGGCUGGCAAAGUGGCCUACGGGUCCUGGUACCAGCACGUCCAGGGCUGGUGGGAGAAGAAGCAGGAGAAGCAGCUCCUUUACCUCUUCUAUGAGGACAUGAAGAAGGAUCCGUGGCAGGAGGUGCAGAAGAUCCUGCGGUUCCUGGGCAAGGAGAUGGAGGAGGAGGUGGUGGCGAGGAUCCUCCACCACACUUCUUUCCAGGAGAUGAAGAAGAACCCUGCUGCCAACUACGAGACCAUCCCCAGAGCCCUGAUGGACCACAGCCUCUCCCCCUUCCUUCGGAAAGGAAUCUCCGGGGACUGGAAGAACCACUUCACUGUGGCCCAGAACGAGCGCUUUGACCAGCACUACCGGGAGCACAUGGUGGGCUCUGACCUCCGCUUCCAGAUGGAGGUGUGAGGGCUCACCCCCCUUUUUGGGGAGGGUGGGCUCUACUUCUCCCCUCUUCCACAGCGGGGAGGGUGGGUCCAGACCGAGCAUCCUUGCACUAAUUUGCUUUUCCCUCUGCAAUAAAUUGGGAUAACCGGA